AUGACCAAAACUGUUAAUGUUCAUGUGUCAAUUAUGUCAGAUUUGACAAGUGCUCCUCAGAUGAAAACAAGACAAAUUGCAGAAAGAACACAUAAGUGUUAUCUGGUCAGCGGUUCAUGCAAGACUGAAUGUAAAGCUUGGGAGUAUGUCUACAAUUACUAUGACAUUGAGUCCCGCUAUGUGGUGUGUAAAUUCCAAAAGCCAAUAGUGAGAUUCUUGACUAGUCCCAAGGCUACAACUUAA